AGCACGCCGGAUAAGACCAAGCAGCGCCAAUGGGGCUUAGGAAGGGGAGUGAGGAGGCGAUCCGCCUCAUGGACUCCGACAACAAAGUGGAGUGGGAAGCCACGUUCCAGAGCUACUCGGCCAGCGUCAAGCGCCUGUCGCAGGAGAAGGGGAAGUCUGAGCUAGUGGAGUUGGACCAGUGGUGGCGGACGGAAUUGCCGGCGGCCCUUGUCUCUCGCGGAGCGACGCCGUACCUGUUGAAGGACGAGCUCGUGAAGGUCGUGCAGUGGAAGCUGUGGAUAGGCCAGAUGCGGCCGUCCCUCCUCCAACGCGCGAAAGAGACCAGCCCAAGCACGGUCAAAGCCAAGAGCACCUUGGCCUUCCAGCAGCUUCCGAGGCCGUCUUUACCGUCUUCACCGACCGCUGCCGCCCGCGCUUCCCCGGAGGCGGUGUCGAGGGCCGUGAACGCGCUGACCAAGGACCUGUACGGGGUCGGUCCGGCGACGGCCUCCGCCGUGCUGGCCGCUGGGUGCGGGGGCUGCCCGUUUGAUGCAGACGAGGUUAUCGAUGCAGUCAAGCGGUCUGGGAAACGCCAGUACAGUCUCAAGGAGUACCUAGAGGUCCACGAAGCCCUGGACCAAAAAGCCGUCAGCUUGGGAACUCCCUGGGACGCCGAGCGUGUCCGCAAGGCGCUCUGGUCGUGCGCGAUGCACUCACGCUUCGGAAUGACAGUCCCGCCCGUGCCGACGGGGGCGACGGCGGCGUCGCCGCAAGAAACGGCGACGGCGGCGGCGGCGGCGGGCGGCAGAGGCGACGGCGACAAGCCCCGCGCAAGAAAAAGCGGCAGUGGGGGGGGCGCAGACGGGGCAGAAGCAGCAACGAAGAAGCAAAAGUCUCGUCCCCAUUGA